AUGGAGUUGGCCGUCAUUGAUCUCAAUGCACAAAGUAACUCUGUAAGUUAAAGGGAGCAAUAUCAGGUGUCUUGUAUAGAGCACAUGCGUCCGGGUAUGUAGAUUGUACACAGGUUUGUGUUCCCAGAACGGAGUAAGGUUGUUUAGUGGCUGAGGCCAAAAAAUCCGAGUCGGGAUUUGCAGACAGAUUAUCCAAACGUGGCUGGCAAAGGGGGAACAAGGAGGACACUAUUUCAAACAAAACAAACUGUGACAGGCAAGAAGGUAGACUUGCGUUUGUUGAAAGAUGCCCGCGCGUCGAUAUAAGUCUGCAGGUCUAGACAUGGGGUUAAGGAAAGGCAACUUUGGAAAGUGCUAAAAUUCACAACUGAUAAAAUAUAUGCGCAGAACGGACAAACACAGUAGAGGAGAAGAGCGUAGGCACUCAUUCAAGUAAGUCGUAGGUGGACGGAAGUACCUUCGGGUCAUGAUCCUACAUCUAACUUGUAAGGGUUCGUUGUGAAAGUGGGAUCAUCAAAACAAGAAAUAUCGUUCGAAAUUGCAAGCAGAUGGAUACCUUAUAAGGAUCACGGAGGGCUCAAAUAAAUAGAGUACAAUUCGAACAAAUCUGCUGGAGUCACAGGAGGAGGAGGGGAAGAGGAGGAGGAGGAGGAGGAGGAGGAGGAGGAGGAGGAGAUGUGAUGCAGCAUGCUGAAAUAAAAAUCCUCUCAAGGGAUCGACGACCAUAAAUGCCAGUCCUAGAUCACUCAGGGAUUCUGGCGGUGUUUCGCUUUGGGUCAAGAAGCACAUAGAAUAAUUUCAUGAGCAACGAAGAUAGGGUUUUAUCCGAGAUGAAAUAAAUCGGAUAAGUGAUAAAGGAUACAUUGGAUCCAUAUCCACAUGCUCCGAAGCUGCCCAUCAUCAGUCAUUAUAUCGGAGUACUUCACUGGCUCCAUCUACAGUGAAAACAGGAAGACUAGGUUCAUUCAAUUUGGGAAUCACAACAAGAAAAUGGUAAUUAAUUCUAUAGAAUCACCUUAUCCACAAAUUUUGGUACUUCAUACAGAAAAAGCCUGAUAUAAUAUGGCUAAACCGAGCGGCGUUCUGUUGUGGGUUCAACGGUGGCGGUCGAAAUAGGUAGCGUAAUUUGUCUCGUGCAAGUUCUAACUGCGCCGAGCAUCUAUUAAAUGAAACCCAAAUUUCACAUUUGGCCCCACCAAGCUAGGCACUGCCAAGCAAUCACACCCUGGUAACCGCAUCCAACAGCGGCCUAAACCAGGUGAGGGUAUGUGGUGUUAUGUGUGUCCCCACACCCGAUAACUUCGAAAAGCCCUAAGGAGAGGACGACACGCCAUCCCGUGGCAGUCCAGGCCAGCUCGGAUAGCUCUCCACUAGACAAAGUUUUGACCCAUAGUGCAGUUCAGCAGUCGGCUGGGAUGUCGAAGCCGUCCUACUUAGGGAUAGCGUUGCUUAAUCCCUCAUGAGGAAGGAGCUAGAAAAGGUACACUAAACAAAUGCCAGAGAAUCACAUCAUUCGCUAGUAUACCAUGGCUCGUAGAUACAAAUCUCGUAGUUAAAACACUCAAAUAAACAACAACAACAACAACAACAACAACAACAACAAUAACAACCCGCAUACCCAACCUCCCCUUUCGCAGGCUAAGAGGUGCUUGAGUGAGUCCGCUCACCCUGGCAGUCCGGAAUGUUCGUUCCUUUUUAGAUAAUCCAAGGAGCAGUCGACCGGAACAGAGGACGGCGCUAGUUGCUCGGGAACUGGCGCGCCAAUUAUUCGGGGAUUUCAAUUCGCCCCCAUCAUAAGCGCUUACACCUACCAGUGAUCAACCCUGACGAGGCAAAAAAACAGAUUCUACGAGGGCCUGCGCGCCCUUCUGGCGUCUGUGCUGAAGGCGAACAAACUGGUUGUCACUGGCAACUUCGAUGCCCGCGUCAGGAAACCAUACUACCUGAGAGAGCGCUGGGUCCUCAUGGGAUCGGCGGCUGUAACGAAAACGGCCCCCUUCUGCGAACCUGCGUCCAACAUUGCUUUCUGGUAACAAACACCUUCUUCCCCCUUCCUCGUCGGAAGGCGACCUGGAUGCAACCCCGAUCGCAGCGCUGACAUCUGCAGGACCAUGUUCUCGUCCGGCGGCGAGAUUGACAGGAGCUGUUGGUGACAGAGGUGAUCUGCGACGCCUCUGGCUGAACGGAUCACCGCCAUGUCGUCUUUAAGGUGAAGAUCCAAAUGCGAAGUUGCAGGAGGCCACAAGGUAAGCGAACGUCAUGGAAGUUAAAUACUGCUUUGUUGAACUUGCUUGCUCACCGUCUCCAUUUCAGCAAUCAACUGACCCAGCAACUGGAAAACCUGCAGGCUGCAGAUGAAAACGUCUCCGUGGAGAUUCAAUGGUACCAACUGCGAGACGCCGUCCACAAGACCUUCCUGGGUGUCCUCGAGCGCGCACGUUGUCAGCACCAGGACUGGUUUGACGAAAACGACGAAGUCAUCAGCAACCUGCUCGUUACAAAGAACAGGCUGCAUAGAGCCUGCAUUGAUCGCCCGACCGGUGCAAACAAGGCAGUCUUCUCCCGAGAAAAGCAGGACGUCUGGAUGGCUUGCAUGGCCGAGGAGAUCCAAUAG